AUGAAAGAACUUUCAGCGAAAAAACAUUCCGCUUGGCUUUACCCUGAUAAAGCUAUUAGCAUAUUCACAACGUAUAUCUUCGACGCGGCUUAUCGCCUUUUCGAGGGUGGAUUAAGGAAAAAAAAGUGCUAUGUGAGAAGUCUGAAGAGUGAAGAGAAGACUGCAAAAGAAAAGCGAAAGGAAAUUGGUCUCAGUCAAGAAAACACAAAAAAUUACUUUAAACAAAGUGCCUUGAAGUGA